AUGUCCUUUUCUCAGUCAGUGUACUAUCCACUCUUGACAAACCCUGCGAAUCAAGAAGGAUGGCCAGAUGUCAUUGCAAAGGAACUCACUGACAACUUGCACAACUUUCUUACGAACACGUACGUCACCUUGGGUCAUAUUUCUGGAGAGAUACUCCUGCCUCUGCCUCCUGAAGAGCACGACAAGGAUAGCGUGCACGUUCUCGAGACUUCUGUUGUGGCAUGGACAAGGCAGAUCAAGGACGUAUUGCGCCAAGAUUCAGAAACGGUUCUUUCAAGUGGAACACAUCCGGGUCCAUCGGCAGAGCUUGAGUUCUGGAACAAGAAGUCACAGAAUUUGAAUUCUAUACAUGAGCAACUGAGCAGUGAGAAAGUCAAAAAGGUCUUGAAGAUUCUAGAAGUCACAAAAUCCACCUACUUCCCAGCAUUCAACAGGCUAUGCAAGGAAGUCGCUCAAGCGAGGAUGGAGGCGAAUGACAACAAACUCUUUUUGUCCUCGCUUGAACAAUUCAUCACCACGUAUGACAUUCUCAGCAACGAGGCUUUUGGGGAGAUCAAAGAUGUGUUCAAGCCCCUCAUGCAUACGAUUUUAUUGAUUUGGAAGAAUUCAAAGUUCUACAACACUCCUGCUCGACUUGUAGUCUUGAUGCGGGAAAUCUGCAACGAUCUGAUUCGCCAAGCUGGCAUCUUUGUGAGUGGCGAACAGAUUUUUGAAAUGGAACCACAAGAGGCUGUGGAAGCGCUCAAGCUUUGCUUGAAAGUGUGCGUCACCUUCAAGAGCAACUACUUUGAUUACAAAGCUCGAGCUAGUACUGAAUGCCCUUCGAAUCCAUGGAGAUUCCAAAACAGUGCAUUGUUUGCAAGGCUUGACAGCUUCCUGGAAAGGUGUCAUGACGUCUUGGAUCUGAUGCAAACAAUCGUUCAGUUCAACAAAUUGGAGAAGAUAGAAGUUGGAGGUACGAAAGGAAAGUCAUUGACAACGAGCGUCCAACAAAUCUAUGAGGAGUUUCUCCAGGCGACAACAACCUUCAAAUCGGCGCAAUAUGAUAUCAUGGAUGUGGAGCACAAGGAGUUUGACAAUGACUUUUACAAAUUUCGAUCCAUCAUUAAUGAGCUCGAAAGAAGACUUGGCGCUGUGAUUGUUCAAGCAUUCGAUGACAGUAGUACAAUUCUCUGGUGCUUCAAAUUGUUUGACUCGUUCGAGGGUCUGCUGGAGCGUGAGAUUAUCCUAACAGAUUUGGAGAAGAAAAACACCGAUCUGCUCAAUGCGUAUGCACAAGACUUGAAAGAAGUCCAAGAAAUUUUCAUCGCAGGACGUGAUGAUCCCCCCAUUCCGGACAAUGCUCCACCCCACGCAGGUGCAGUUGCCUGGUGCAGAGGACUGGUGGAGCGUGUAGAAGAGCCUAUGAACCGUCUCAAGGGACUGGGCAAGUCCAUACUCGAGAGCGAGGAAGGUAAAGAAGUCGUUCGAGCCAACGCGGCUAUCCUAGCAAGCCUCAGGGAAUUUGAGAAAAUGCAUGUAGAUACGUGGUGUCAGGAGCAAGAAAGCACCGGCGCUGAAAAGUUGAAACACAACCUUCUCAGAAGAGAAGAAAAUGGACCUUUUCCAUUCCUGCGGGUCAAUUUCGAUCCUGGCCUGGUUUGCCUCUUGAGAGAAGUGAAGUACUUUCUGAUGCUCAAGAUUGAUGUGCCAGAAUCUGCCAUGAACAUCUUUGUGAAGCAUGAAACCUACAGGCAGCAGACAGGAAAUCUGGACUUGAUCGUCAACAUAUACAAUCAAAUGCUUUCUACCUUUUUGGAUGUUGAACGGCCAUUGUUACAAGCUAAGAUGGAUGAUAUAGACAAAUUUCUGCAGAAGGGCCUCAAGCAUUUGAAUUGGAAAAGUCAUGCGAUCAACGAAUUCAUUUCAAAUACAAUGACGAAGGUCAAGGAAGCCAACACGAUUUUGCAGACAAUCAAAGGAAAUGUCAAAAAGACGCAAGCUGUGCUAAAGUCGUUCACGGACCCUUUGAUGAUCGAUAGGAACCCGACGAAAACCUACUCGAUUGAGCAGUGCCAAGAGAUGUUCAAGAAGACAAUACAUUCUCGGUACACAGUAGUACAAAAAGGUGGUGAGUCAAUCCAUGAGCACCUUGAUAAUAGCAACAAAAUCUUGAAGGUCACAAAGGCCAAUGACAAUUGGAGAAGAUAUGUCGAUUAUGUCAAUCAGAUCGUCAUUGAAGGGUUAUGCCAAGUCUCCCUCGCAUCUGCAAGGUAUCUUCGGAGUCAGAUUGAUGAAGUGUAUGUAAUCAACAACGAAAUCAAUCCCUUGCUUGAAAUUCAACUGAAAUUAGCCCCUCCAAAUGCUAUUUUCACUCCCAUGAUGGGUAGAACGUCAAAUGGUGAUGGACUGAGAGACGUCGUUGAGGGGUGGCUGACGUCAUUCGUGAAUGUCUCAACACUGGUCAAUCGUAUCGACACCACGGACGAGGACGGAGAUUAUCUGGCCGACAUGCAAGAGGACAUUGCUGUCAAGCAUAUUGUCGCGUCGAUAAAUAGAUUGAUAACUCACGGUGAGAAAAAAUGUGAAGAAUUCAGACAACAAUUCAUGGCUUAUUCCUAUCUCUGGACCGACGACAUCGUUGAAUCUUUUAACCAGUGGAAAGCUCAGAAUUCGAAUGAAGAUCCCGAAGCUCUAGAUAAGGACCCGAGCCUUUCCACGUUUGAUGAGCAGAUUUUAAAGUACAAAGCACUUGAAGAGGAAAUCAGAGAGCUGCCGGCAACCAAAGUCAUCGGAUGGUUGAAGAUAGAUUCAAAGCCCAUCAAGAACGCCUUGGGAACUUGGGUUUCCAAAUGGACCUAUCAAUAUCAAAAUUAUCUGUUGGACAAGGUGAACAAGAGUAUCCACGACUUGGACACUUUUGUGCAUCAAACUGAUGCAGCCCUGGACACAGAGGUGUCGGACACUGAUAGAGAAGCUAUGUUGGCUGUGAUGGGAUAUCUGAGAGACGUGAGAAAGCGAACAGAAGGGACUGAUGCCAUGUUUGAUCCCUUGAAACAGACUGUCUCUCUGCUGGCAAAGCAUUCCAUUCAAACUCCCGAAGAAACACUCAAAUUGCUGGAAGAGACACCGCUCUCAUGGAAUAACCUCAAGAAGAAGGCUGUUGUCACAAAGGAAAAACAAGCAAAGAAUCAGAGUCGUGAAGCUGACAAGUUGAAGAAAGAAGGAAAGGAAUUUGAGGACAGGGUUCAGUCGUUCUUUCAGGCGUUCCGUAAGCACAUGCCGUUUGAAUAUCAAGACAAUUACAAUGCAGCGUACGCAAUGAUAGAUGCUGUUCACCAUGGGCCGAAUGAUUUGACCAUCACUUACGAAGAUGGGCGAACAGCACCGCUUACAUCUGUCUCCGAGAUGAGAGGACUUGCUAAAUCGUUGAAUGAGUUGCAGGAACUCUUUGAGCUCUACGUGAUUGAAUACCGAGAGAUCAAUCAAUGUGAAAAGGAUUCCGUUCAACUGAAGCGAGUUUGGGAUGUCAUUUGUAUGGUACAGACAAUCUAUUCGGAAUGGAGGAAAACAAAAUGGGACGAUAUCAACGUGGAAAAUUUGCAGGAAGAGAACAAAAAGCUUCAAAAGGAGGUCAAAGCCUGUGACAAGAUGGUCAAGAAUUGGCCUUGUUACAAGGGGCUGGAAGAUGCUGUGAAGAAUAUGGGGACCUCACUUCCUCUCGUGGAAGAGUUGCACCAUCCAGCAAUGAGGGAGCGACACUGGAAUCAAUUGAUGAAGACGUGUGGGGUUCAAUUCAAGAUGGAUGACUCUUUCACUUUCGGUGGUAUGCUUGACCUCGAGCUGCAUAGAUUCGAAGAUGACGUACUCGAAAUAGUCGAUCGCGCUCAAAAGGAGUUGACAAUUGAAAAACAGUUGCAAAAGCUGUCUGAAACAUGGAAAAACCAGAAUUUGUCGUUUCCACCGGAUAGUGAAAAUGCGGAUUUGUUCUUGCUUUCAGUUGAUGAGACUGUCAUGGAAGCACUUGAAGAUAAUUCGCUACAACUUCAAAAUCUUCAGAGCUCUAAGUAUGUACAGGGCAAUCCAGAAUUCAAGGAAAAGGUUAGUAAUUGGCAAAAGAAACUUGGAAUGGUCGACGUAGUUCUAUCAACAUGGAAAGAAGUUCAGGGCAAAUGGCAAAAUCUUCAAUCAAUCUUCAUUGGAUCUGCAGACAUUCGUGUUCAGCUACCUGAAGAUUCCAAAAGAUUUGAUAGCGUUGAUGCGCAAUGGAAGGAUCUCAUGAAGGAAGCAGUGAAUGAGGUAAAUGCUGUGAACGCUUGCAACAUCGAAGGCAGAUUGGAAAACAUAGAGGGAAUGCUUUCUAACUUGGAAAAAUGUGAGAAAUCUCUUGCAGAUUAUCUGGAAACAAAGAGGGUAGCAUACCCAAGAUUUUACUUUGUUGCAUCUGCAGAUCUUCUUGAUAUUUUGAGUAAGGGAAGCAACCCUCAACUGAUCCUGAAACAUCUUCCGAAGUGUUUUGAUAACAUCAAGACCCUAGAAUUUCAAAAGGACAAGGAAGGAGUUCCAACAAAAACUGCGAUUGGAAUGUAUUCGGGAGAGGGAGAGUAUGUGCCAUGGAAUAAUAGCUUCGUCUGUGAGGGAGCUGUCGAGAUCUGGCUGUUCAACCUCACCAACCAUACGCACGAUGCGUUGAAGUUGAGAAUGCAAGAAUGCGUCAGCGCGUUCGAUGAGAAACCGAGACACGAAUUCAUCUUUGACUGGUGUGCAGAGCUUGUCCAAGUGGUCUGCCGUAUCGUCUAUACCGAAGACGUUAACUGGAGUUUUGAUCAGCUGGAAGAAGGCAAUGAAAAUGCUCUCAGAGACUACAACAAAAAACAGAUUGACAUUUUGACUAAGUAUGCUGAACUUAUCUUGACUGAUUUGACAUCGAAUGAUCGCAAGAAGAUUAUCAUGCUCAUGACCUUGGAUGUGCAUGCACGUGAUGUGGUUAUUGGUUUGAUUGAUUCCAAAGCUGAAACCAAAGAAGCAUUUGCGUGGAUGUCGCAGCUGAAGUUCCACAUGGAUGAAAAAAUCAAUGUGGUGAGGAUUGAGAUCUGUGACUAUGUCACUUAUUUCGGCUACGAGUAUACCGGAAAUUGUGGUUGCCUCGUUGUCACUCCUCUGACGGACAGAUGUUACAUCACUCUGACUCAAGCAAUGCGCCUCAUCUUGGGUGGCGCUCCAGCUGGUCCUGCAGGAACAGGAAAGACAGAGACUACCAAGGAUUUGGGAAGAGCCUUGGGAGUUAUGGUCUACGUCUUUAACUGUUCGGAUCAAAUGGACUACAAGUCCAUGGGUCAAAUCUUCAAAGGCUUGUCACAAGCUGGAGCAUGGGGAUGCUUCGAUGAGUUCAACAGGAUCGACAUUUCCGUUUUGUCAGUCGUUUCUACUCAGUACAAGACGAUACUCGAUGCGAUCAGAUCCAAGAAACCUCGAUUCAUUUUUGAAGAGGAAGAUAUCGUCUUGAAUGACUCGCCCUACUGCUGUGCAUUCAUUACCAUGAAUCCAGGUUAUGCGGGAAGAACUGAGUUGCCAGAAAGCGUCAAGGCAUUGUUUAGACCUUGUGCCAUGAUCGUUCCCGAUAUGGACUUAAUUUGCGAAAUCAUGUUAAUGUCUGAAGGAUAUUCUGAGGGCAAAAUUUUGGCCAGAAAGUUCAUGAUGUUAUACAGGUUAAGUGAGGCAUUACUUUCCGCUCAAAUGCAUUAUGACUGGAAGUUGAGGGCUGUCAAAACCACUCUCAACGUUGCUGGUGGAAUGCGAAGAGCUGACAGGAACAAUUCGGAAGAUCGUGUUCUACUUCGCGCGUUGAGGGACUUCAACUUGGGGAAACUUGUCGCAGACGAUGUUGGGAUAUUCGUGGGUAUGAUCGACGAUCUGUUCCCCAAACAAAGAGAGCACGUUGUGAGAGCAAGGGAGAUGGACUUUGAAGAGAAGAUCGUAGAGGCUGCAAAGGCAUUGAUGCUGCAGGCCGAGAAUGUUUUCGUGCUCAAAGUUUCGCAGCUCCGAGAAAUCGCUUUUGUUCGUUGGUCUGUCUUUGUGCUGGGUCCAGCUGGUUGUGGAAAGUCUGAAAUGAUCAAGACGUUAGCUAAAGCCCAAAACUUAUUCGGAGAGAAGGCCACUAUCAAUGUCUUGAACCCGAAGUCUGUUACCCGAAACGAGUUGUAUGGAUACAUUCAUCCUGUUACGAGAGAAUGGAAAGACGGGUUGCUUUCGCAAAUUUUUCGAGAUUUAGCGAACACGUUCACCUGCAAAUCUGAGUAUCUUGUGCUUGAUGGAGACAUAGAUGCGGAAUGGAUCGAAUCAAUGAACACUGUGAUGGAUGACAACAAGACCUUGACUCUGGCUAGCAAUGAAAGGAUUCCUUUGACCCCACCCAUGCGUCUCCUGCUUGAGAUUGAAAACAUGAGGGAAGCUUCUCCAGCCACAGUCUCUCGAGGUGGAGUCAUCUUCAUGAACGACACUGACGUAGGAUGGAAUCCUUUCGUCGCCAGUUGGAUAGCAAACCGUGAGUAUGAAACAGAGAGGACCAUGUUGCAAAAGUUGUUUGAUACCUACGUUGCGAAAUGCUUCGAGUGGAUGCGUAAGAAUUGCUCAACGAUAGUUCCAUUACCUGAGAUUUGCCGGGUGCAACAUCUCUGUUAUAUCUUGGAAGGAAUCCUUGGAAACGGAGACACGUUUGCUGGACAAUGCAAAUCUAUGGGUCAGGAGUCAGCGUUUCAACUCCUUGAGUCCUACUUUGUUUUCGGAGCCAUGUGGGCGAUAGGAGGAGCAACUUUCACUGACAAGCAAGUGGACCACAGGAAGAAUUUCGACAGAUGGUGGAGGGAUGAGUUCAAGACCAUUCGAUUUCCAGAGGAUGGAAGCAUCUUUGACUACUGUGUUAGUGAGGAACUUUUUCCUUUGAAGCUUGAGAACGAGAUAUACACAAGCCCAUUCAUUCAAUGGACUUCCAAGGUAACAGAAUACAAUCAUGACCCUACACUUGUCUUCGGCAACAUUUAUGUUGCCACGAUGGAGACGCAGCGACUUAGUUACUUGCUGCAGCUGCUGCUUCCGAACAGACACGCUUGUAUGUUUGUAGGUGGAGCAGGAACAGGCAAGACAACGAUAAUGAAUGACUAUCUGCGAGGAAUGGACACGGAAAAUUAUACGUAUAUGAACAUUAACCUGAAUUGUUUCACAGAUUCGAUGUUAUUGCAGAGCGCAAUGGAAUCUGUGCUUGAAAAGAAGACUGGACGUACCUUUGGUCCAGUUGGAACCAAGAAGAUGGUGUAUUUCAUUGAUGAUAUCAACAUGCCUCAAGUAGACAAAUAUGGCACACAGCAGCCUAUUGCUCUUCUACGCCAGUUGUUCGAUUAUGAUGGAUGGUAUUCUCGUGACAAAUUGACCUGGCGAGACAUUCAAAACGUUCAAUUCGUGUCCUGCCUGAACCCCACUGCUGGUUCGUUUUACAUCGAUCCACGUCUACAGAGAUCCUACUGCACCUACUCGGUGCAGAUGCCUUCAGCAGAAAGCCUUCAGUACAUCUUUAGCAGCAUUCUGUCGGGACAUUUCAAGUCAUUUUCACCAGACGUUCAAUCCAAAUGCAAUGAUAUCACGAAAGCAUCCAUCGAGUUGCUGACAUUGGUUGCCAACACGUUCUUUCCCACAGCCGUCAAGUUCCAUUACAUCUUCAAUCUUCGUGAUGUUGGCAACAUCUUCGAAGGCUUACUACGAUCAGACGCUAAGUACAUGAACAAUGCCUUUCAGGUAGUCAGACUGUGGCUUCAUGAAUCGGAGCGUGUUUUUGCCGACCGCAUGAUUGUGGAGGAGGAUGUGAACAAGUUCUUUGAAAUGCAAAGUAAUGUCACCAAGAAGUAUUUUGAAAGUCUCGGAAUGGAGAAGCUGAUGGCAAAGCCCAACAUCUUCACCACGUUUACAACCCCUGGAGAAAGUGAUGAUUAUCGGCCCUAUUGCCCCAUCGACAAUGAAGACAAGUUAUCAAGCAUUAUGCAGGACAAGCUCAAGGAGUACAAUGAAACAAACGCCGUCAUGGAUCUCGUUCUCUUCACCAUGGCUAUCGAACAUGUUUGCAGAACCACAAGAGUGAUUGAUAAGCCAAGAGGAAACGCUCUGUUGGUUGGCGUUGGCGGCAGCGGAAAGCAGAGUCUUUCCAAACUGAGCGCAUUCAUUUGCGGAUACGAAUUCUUUCAGAUAACGGUUACCGCAGCAUACGGAAUGAACGACUUUCGUGACAACCUGAUCUACCUUUAUACUCGAGCUGCCUGCAAGUCGAUAGGAACUUGCUUCAUCCUCACAGAUGGACAGAUCGUGAACGAAAGGAUGAUGGUUUUUCUCAACGACAUGUUGGCUUCAGGGAAUAUUCCCGACGUUUUCACCAAGGAUGUGAAAGACGAAUUCAUCAACUCUGUCCGUAAUGACGCAAAGCAAGCUGGAGUAAUGGAAACGCCUGAAAAUUUGUGGGAAUUUUUUAUCGAGAAGAGUCGCAAGUAUUUACAUCUAUGCCUAUGUUUCUCACCGGUUGGAGACAAGUUCCGUGUAAGAGCGCGACAAUUCCCGGCGUUGAUUAAUUGCACGACCUUUGACUACUUUCAUCCAUGGCCAGAGGAAGCCCUUGUGUCAGUUGCAAAUCGAUUUGUGAAGGGUGUCGAUGGUAUCCAACCCGAGGAUACAGACAAGGUCGCCAAGCACAUGGCAUAUGUCCACCUCAAUGUCAACAUCAAGUCAGAAGAAUACUUGGCAAGUGAGCGGAGGUACAACUACACUACACCCAAAAGCUUCCUUGACCUCAUCUCGCUGUAUAAAUUCAUGCUGAACGACAAGAAAGAAAAGAUUCACGUCUUGAAAGAUCGCUUGGAGAAUGGCCUUGAGAAGAUGAAUUCAGCUGCAGAGCAAGUGGCUGAGCUGCAAGAGAACCUGAUCAAGGACAUGGCUUUGGUGGAAGAAAAGAAGACGUCUACGAACGAACUGCUGCAAGUAGUGGCUCAAGAAACGAACUCAGCGGGUGAGCAAAAGGCUAUCGCAACCGAGGAGGAGAAGAAGUGUGCCAAGAUCGCAGAAGAAGUGACAGCAUUUCAAGCCGAAUGCGAGAAAGACAUGGCAGCUGCUGAGCCCAUCAUUCAAGCCGCCAUCGAGGCUCUCAACUCGUUGGACAAGAAGUCUCUCACUGAACUGAAGGCCCUGGCAUCUCCUCCAGCAGGAGUCGACGACGUGACAGCAGGUGUGAUGGUCUUGAUGGGUGGGGGUAAGAUCCCUAAAGAUGUCUCCUGGGGUGCAGCGAAGAAGUUGAUGGGCAACGUCGAUCAGUUCUUGUCGGCCUUGAUCAACUUUGACAAAGACAACACCCCUGUCGUUGCCUGUGAGUGGAUCGAGAAGAAUCUGUUCUCAAAACCUACCUUCAACGUGGAGACUAUGAAAUCGAAAUCGUCUGCUGCUGCUGGAAUGUGUGGAUGGGUGAUCAACAUUGUGAAAUAUUACAGGAUCUACGAAGUUGUUGAACCAAAAAGACAACUGCUGAGUGAGGCCAAUACCAAGCUCGAAGAUGCAAAUACAAAACUCGCUGCCGUCCGCGAGCAUGUCGCUGGCCUGGAAGCAAAACUUCAAGAACUGAACGAUCAAUUCGAGGCUGCGACUCAAGAAAAGAAUGAAGCCAUUGCUGCUGCUGAGAAGACUCAGCGAAAAGCUGACUUGGCUACCAGGCUCGUGAAUGGUCUGGCUGAUGAAAAUGUCAGGUGGACUGAGGCAGUAAAGUCUUUCGAUCAACAAGAAGCGCAGUUUGUUGGAGAUGUGCUCAUUGCGUCUGCAUUUGUUUCAUACAUUGGAGCAUUCAACGCUAAGUUUCGAAGUGCGCUAGUGGACGAUAUAUGGCUGCCUGACAUGAUAGCCAAGGAGAUUCCGAUGACAGCAGGCAUUCACCCACUCAACAUAUUGUGUGAUGACUCAGAUGUAGCUCGGUGGAACGGUGAAGGGCUUCCGGCAGACACGAUCUCUAUCCAGAACGGCGCAAUCAUAGCCAACUGCAAGCGCUGGCCGCUGCUCAUCGACCCACAGAUCCAGGGAAUCAAGUGGAUCAAACGGAAGCACACCGAAGUCAUCCAUGAGCAGAAGCCAGAGGACUGGGACGAGGAGAAAGAGUUCGUUCCUGAUCCUGCCAAGUCCACAGUGAGGGAGAUGAAAUGCAUUCAACUGACGCAGGCCAAAUAUCUGAGUCAGGUAGAGGUCGCCAUUCAGAAUGGAGAGGCCAUCAUGAUUGAGAACAUCCGCGAGGAGAUCGAUGCUGUGCUGGACCCUGUCUUGAUGAGAGCUACCAUCCGCCGUGGCCGUGCUCUGCUCAUCAAACUUGGAGACAAGGAGGUGGAGUACGACCCUAACUUCAAGUUGUACAUCCAGACAAAGCUGAGCAACCCGCAUUACAAACCAGAAAUCGCUGCUCAAACGACUUUGAUCAAUUUCAUGAUAACAUCGGAUGGAUUAGAGGAGCAGCUGCUUGGAAUGGUUGUGAACAAAGAAAGGCCUGACUUGGAAGAGCAGAAGACGAUGUUGAUCGAGCAGCAGAACAGCUUCAAGCUCAUGCUGAAGGAGUUGGAGGACGAGUUGCUCUAUCGUCUCAGCACUUCACAAGGGGACAUCCUGGAGGACAUCGAGUUGAUUGAGGGCCUUGAGAAGGCUAAAGUCACGGCCACUGAGAUUCAAGCCAAACAGAAGGUGGCGAAAGAGACAGAGGUGGUGAUAGCGAAUGCGCGCAAGGCAUACAUUCCUGUGGCUGUACGGGGUGCCUUGACCUAUUUCCUGAUAGACCAGCUGUGGGUGCUCGAUCACAUGUAUCGCUUCUCUAUGGCCAAUUUCGUUACCAUCUUCAAGAAAGGGAUGGAUGCUGCAGACCAAGAAGGCGCAUCAGAAGAGAAUGCCGAAGGCAAUGAAGAAUCAGCCAAGACCAACCUGACUGACAGGGUCAACAAGUUGAUAGACUCCUCCUGCUAUCAAUGCUUCUCUUAUGUAUCUCAGGGCCUCUUUGAGCGUCAUAAGUUGGUGUUUGCAUGCCAGCUUUGCUUCCAGAUCCUUGCAAGAUCAGGAGAUCUGAUCCCAGAGAUGUUUGAGUUUCUCAUCAAGGCGCCAAGAGCGUCGGGGAUAGACAACCCCCUCAACGAGUGGCUCGAUGAUGCGUCGUGGCUGACUUGCAACUCGUUGAAAAACUUUGAGGUGUUCGAGAAGUUUCCGGACGACCUGGUGGGAUCGUCAAAGCGAUUUCGGGAAUGGUUUGAGCUGGAGAGGCCGGAGGAGCAGGCGCUGCCGGGAGACUGGCGCAAACUGCCAGAAUUCGAGAAGCUGCUGAUCAUCAGGGCUCUGAGAACAGAUCGAAUGAGCGAGGCUCUCACGUCGUUUGUCAAGAACAUCAUGGGAGCCAAGUAUGUGACAUCGCAAGCCUUCAGCCUGGAGAAGUCCUACUCGGACGUGUCACCCCAAACCCCUGUAUUCUUCAUCCUCUCUCCUGGGGUAGAUCCCGUCAAAGACACGGAGAAGCUGGGAAAGCAAUACGGGAUCGCGUUUGACAACGGGAACUUCUCCUUGGUCUCGCUGGGUCAGGGGCAAGAGCCCGUGGCAGAGAGGGCCGUUGAGAGCUCCUUCAAGAAUGGAGGAUGGGCGUUCUUGCAGAACAUUCACCUGACUCCCAAGUGGACGGGAGGAUACUUGGAGAAGAGAUGCGACGACCUCGAAGGUGCUCAUGACGACUUCAGGAUGUUUCUAUCCGCUGAGCCAGCCAAACUCCCUAUCAACAUUCUGCAAGUGUGUGUGAAGUUGACCAACGAGCCACCGGAGGGGUUGGGUCCCAACCUCAGGAAGAACUGGCUUCCGUUCUCUGACGACUUCUUUGAGUCCAGCGCAAAACCUGGUGAACUGAAGUCGAUCACCUUUGCGCUUUGCUUGUUUCAUGCGGUCGCCAUUGAGCGCAAGAAGUUUGGACCGCAAGGCUGGAACAGAGUUUAUCCGUUCAACUUCGGUGACUUGACGAGCUGUGCACAAGUAGCGAUGAACUACCUUGAAACCAACACCAAGGUUCCCUGGGACGACUUGAGGUACAUCUUCGGUGAGAUCAUGUACGGCGGGCACGUCACAGAUCACUUUGACCGCCGCCUGGUCACCACCUACCUCAUGGGCUACAUGCACGACGACUUGCUCGAAGGCUUCCAGAUCUUCCCAGGGUUUCAGACGCCUCAGAACUCAGGGAACGCCAAGGACAUCCUGGAGCACAUCGACACGACGUUCCCUCAAGAGUCGCCGACAGCCUUCGGCCUUCAUCCCAACGCAGAGAUCGGGUUCCGGCUGAUGCAGGCGGAGACCAUGUUCAGGAACGUGCAGGAGCUGCAGCCUCGCGGGUCCGCCGGGAUGGGCGGACUGUCUCUGACUGAGAAAGCCAAGAUGCAGCUGGACGACAUCGUGGAGAAGCUGCCCGACUCCUUUGAGAUCGUGGAGAUCUUGGAGCGAGUAGAGGAGCGGACCCCGUACGUGAACGUGUUCCUGCAAGAGAUCGAGAGGAUGCAGACGUUGAUCCAGAAGAUGAAGAGCUCGCUGCAGGAGCUCGACCUCGGUCUGCGCGGGGACCUUCAAAUCACUGAGAACAUGGAGAGCUUGAUGUCUGCGCUAGCCAACGGAGUGAGGCCCUCAGGUUGGGAUAAAUACGGCUACCCAUCCAAGAGAGUCCUAGGGACGUGGAUCCUUGACCUCCUUGCAAGACAGAAACAGUUGUCAGACUGGACUGGAGACAUGAGUCUGCCCAAGUCGACUUGGAUCUCUGGACUGUUCAACCCUCAGUCAUUCCUGACGUCAGUGAUGCAAACGACCGCAAGAAAGAAUGACUGGCCCCUCGACAAGACUGUCACUCAAACCGAAGUGACCAAGAAGACAGCUGAGGAAAUCAACGCCGCCAGCAAAGACGGAGCGUUCGUGCAUGGUCUCUUCAUGGAAGGAGCACGAUGGGACGAUAAGUCAGGGACCAUCGAAGAGUCUCGCCCCAAGGAGUUGUUCGCUAAGAUGCCCGUCAUCCUCAUCAAAGCUGCCAUGUUCACGGGGGUAGAGCCCAAGGAUACCUACCUCUGCCCUGUCUACAAGACUCAAGACAGAGGCCCCACCUUUGUCUUCAAUGCCGGCCUGCGCACAAAGUCUCCUCCUUCCAAGUGGAUCCUCGGAGGCGUCGGCCUGCUCAUGGAUGUUGCCUGAGUCAAGUAGUCACGGUCUCCUUCCGAAGUCCUUUCAUAGUCAGUCAUUCAUAAACGUUCAAGAAACUGA